AUGUCAUUAAUCAUUGUCCAGUACAAACAUUGAUCUGGAAUAUUACAUUCGAGAAACAAUUACAAAAUGCAUCCCCAUUUAUGGACCAAAGACAAUUCCGCAGGUAAUAUUUCAACCUCUUAUGCUCCUGCGUACUUCACACAUGCAUUCUGGCAGAGCUCAUCUCAUCAUUUUUGACGAUCCCUAACGUUCAAUAGCGUGCGAGGAAGUAAUGGCAGCCUUGGAUGAAUGCCAUGCUCGAGGAUUCCUAUGGAAGUGUAUGGGAAUGUGCAACGAUAAAAAGACAGCAGUCAAUAAGUGUCUAAGGGCACAACGGCUAGCACGAACGGCGGCAAAUCGGGAAGCUGCAAAAGUCAAGAACGAGAAAAUCAAAACGAAAUGGGCAGAGAUAGAUGAGGCAUCAUAAUAUACACAAAUCAGACUACGCAGAUAUGUUUAAAUGGCUGGAUCGGACUGGUAUUUGGCGGAGCGGCGUUGAUUUACGAUGGUGGGGCGUUCGGACAUCAUUGCAUGUCGAAUUUUAUUGACAUUGCAUCCUGAGACCGGAAGUAUAACAUAGGGAUACAAUGAGUCGAUCUGACAGGAGAAAGGCGUGUAGCACAUGGAGCAGGAGCCUUGUUUAGUGCUUUUACUCCGCGGGUCAAGAUAUAUCAACAACUCCACUCAAUCAUUAUAAUGGAUCU